UGGGGUUCCCUUGAUCAGUUGUCAACAACCUCCAUUUUGCUGGCGAUGUACCUGAUAUCCUAAGUUUAUUCUACUGAUUAUUCAGAUAACUGUGAGUUGGAAGGAUAUUCAAUACUCGCCAUGUCUCUUCGUUUUUGUGGGAACAGACAAUUUAGGUAUGCGGGCACGUAAAUGACCAAUACAGUUAACUAACGUGGUUCAGUGGAAUUACCGCGCAGGAGAGUUUCAAGGUUUCAUCAUCGCACUGAAAUAAGUCAGCUGCUUUGUCUGUAUUUUAUUUGUCUGCAUCAUCUUUACAUGAUUGUUUCACACUCCGAGGAGAACAGCACUGAGGGAAGUGCAAAACUGAAGCAGGCUGCGAAGACUAGUAUGGAUUACGUAUUUACAUCUCCAUUAUGCAAGUCUUUUUUAGCUGGUUCAGUUAGCGGCACCUGUUCCACAGUUAUAUUUCAACCUCUGGAUUUAUUGAAAACUAAACUACAAGCACCAAUAAGCAUUGGGCAUCAUGGCAAUACAGGGAUGGUUCAGACCUUCAUCAAGGUUGUACGCAAUGAGAGAAUAGCUGGAUUAUGGCGGGGCAUGGUUCCAUCGAUAACUCGAUGUGUGCCAGGUGUUGGGAUGUAUUUUUGCACACUUCAGUGGAUGAAAAAUGCAACCGGGUUUAUUGAGCCAUCACCUUUGCAGGCAGUGUGUUUAGGUGCAGCAUCAAGAUGUGUUUCGGGUCUCACCAUGCUACCAGUAACUGUAGUUAAAACAAGAUUUGAAAGUGGUCGAUUUCAUUAUAGAGGAGUUAUCCAGGCUUUAAAAAACAUUUAUUUACAUGAAGGCGCAAAAGGUCUUUACUGUGGAGCUACUGCCACAUUGCUUCGAGAUGUGCCAUUUUCUGGACUUUACCUCAUGUUUUAUACACAAACCAAAAAAGUUAUCCCCACAGAUAAUGUUCCCAACAGUGCAAUUCCAAUAGUUCAUUUUGGGUGCGGUGUGUUUGCUGGUAUUUUAGCAUCUGCUGUUACCCAGCCAUUUGAUGUGAUCAAAACUCACAUGCAACUUUAUCCAGAUAAAUACAGAAGUGUUGUUCAUGCCACGCUGUCUGUAAUUAAGGUUCAUGGUGCAAAAGGCCUUUUACGUGGUAUGUUACCAAGAUGUCUGAGAAGGACACUUAUGGCUGCUAUGGUAUGGACUGUUUAUGAACAGGUCCUGCAAAAGAUGGCAUUAAAAUAAGUACCAGAAAAGGACCAAAAGCAGCUGAUUGCAAGAUGCAAAAUGAACUGAUAUCCAGGAAAAAGACAUGAUCUACCAGUUUCAUGAAGGAAAAGAUGUAUUUUACAAUGUUAUUCACAAGACAUUACACAACUUAUUAUUUUAUUGGUACUGUCUUUUUGAGGAAAAAACAUGUCGGUGCUAAAUAAUUGUGUGGAUUGUCGUAUUGUGACAAAUGCAACACAGAUGAUGCGUACAAUGAAAUAGGAGUGGAAAUUACUGAUGGAUGGUGGAGUUGGAAUAUUUACCUACCUGUACCAUACAAUGGGAUGUCAAUAUUAAGGAGAAUUUCCCUGCAGUGUAUACUAUUAUAAUUAUAGCUCUUCAAAAUUCACCUCGAUAAAUAUGUUUUUAUGUACAUUUUUGUUCAUUUAAUUUUUAUUAACUGAAGAAAGUUUGUUUUAAAGUAUUGGGACUAAAUAGUUGAUGUGUGCAACACUACGAGUAGUACUAUAAAUUAUGACCAUAUCUGUAGUUCAAAAACUAGAUACAUGUAUAGGUUUUUUUUUCUUCACUGUAAAUACAAGUUUUGGGAGAAUACUUUACCUAAAAUGUGGAAUAAAAAAUGACUUGUCGUUAUAAAAA